GAGGUGAUUUUGUGAUGCCAAGGAAGAAUUAUCCGCUCUGGAACGGGAUUGACAGUGACCCAGAAUUAGUUGCUGCAGAAGUUCAUGAUUGGAGCAAUGGGGAGGAGUUCGAGAGCAUUCUGCUCAACCUCAUCAACAAAUUAGCCCCCGCUAGUGUAUAG